UUUUUUGAUUUUUCUCUCUACAAGGCCUGCACACCUAGAAGUUGUGUAACUAACCAUUGAUCUGUUCUCAUUUUCACGUGUGAGAGAAACGUUUUUUUGGGCGGGGGUAGACCAACAAGAUCGGCUCCAGUCCCGAGGACCAUGUCUUUCUGGUUGCACAUAUGGUUGCGUGUGGAGGGGGAAGAAGGAGCGCCGCAGUUCGCUGAUACCUGUCAGGAGGUUUGCAGCUCUCGAGUUUUAAAUUCGGCACUCUGUCUGGUUGCCAUUUGGGCCCUAAUGGACUCUAAUGAAAAAUGACUCCACUGUUGCGGCGAUCCUUCAGAAGGUCUUCUCCUUCUUCCUCCUCUCUCAAGCAGAUCCCCGGGUGUAGCAGCAGCAAAUGUGACUGGCAUCUGAAUUUUGAAAUGAUGUCCAUUUCAAAAACGACAAAUGUCAGUUGUUAAUGAAAAGUUUUUUUUUUGUUUUUUUUUUUUAAAAAAAAGAAACAUAAAGGAAUGUCACUGUUUUUAACUGUUAGUUUAUGAACAUUUUUUGUCUUUCUGUUGUGUCUUUUUAGUUUGUAAUUAUAUUGUAGCAAUUAAUGAUAAUAGAGCUCUUUGAUUGGACGCCCCAUGUAGCUGCAUUGUUCGUUUGUGCCUCAGGCCGGAUCUGGAUAAGAUUUGGUACCCUCUAUAGUGAGAUUCAGCAUAAGUUUCCAUUUGAGCGCUAAUGCCACUCAUUUAAAGAACAAAAAAAAACCCAACAACAACACGUAAUUAUGGCGCAUUUUACGUUAAUUAACUUUUAAUGAGUGUUUAAUGACUUCUACGCGCUCUCCGUUGUGUAUCGCUAGGGCGCAGUGAGUCAGCCGGCCCCUGGUCCCCAGAGGAAGCGCGGGCCACAAGCCCCGCCCGCUCUGAAAGAGAAGCGAGCGCUGGAUGGAGAGAGAAAGAGAGGAAGGGGAAGGGGGAGGAUAGAGAUGGAGCGGGUUACUUUACACCAAAUCAGGGUUUCAGUGAGUAACACUGCCGCCAUAGGUGGAGGUUGCAGAGAAGCAUGCAAGGAUUAAAGCUGUGACUGAACCCGACGGGCUCCCCGCUCGCACCUGGUCCUCGCCGUGACGCACAGGUUACCGGAGUCACGUCGGAGCGGAGCCGGCGGCGGCGGAGGGAUCAACCAAGUUUGGGAUGCAGUGAGAGAGUCUGAGAGAGGAUGCUCGCGCCUCGCAGUUCUUAUUGCGCUUUAAAUUUGGACGGAAAAUAAGGUCGCCCGCGUGGGAUGCGGAAGGGUCAGAUUUUGUCUGGCGUGCGUCAGCCUUAGACAGCUCUAGAAAUAUGCGCGGAUUUUGUCUUGUUCGCGCCGAGCAGCGAGGAGAUCACCGAUAGAAUCCCAAAUCCGUGGAUGAAUUUUGGAGAAGGACCUGGAAGAGGGAGGAGGGCGUGGGGGGAUCUGAUCCAAUGUGGCGCAUCCACCGCUCUUGACUGCGCGUAAUGGGGAGAAAAGUUUUUUCGGACGCGCUCGCAAAUAACAUGUGAAUCCCGCUCCUUCUGAACGCAGCCGACGAAGUUUCCGAGUGAAUUUCAAACCAUCCAUUAUGACUUGAAACACCCUCGGGGUGAUCGGGACUCCAAUCAAACCAGUUAGCGAUCCCCGCACCGCCAAAGACGCGCAGACGGACGUUCAUGAUCUAGACAAGAGAGGAAUUCUGCAGCAGCGGCAGCCACGCAGUGAAACCAGCCCGAUCCGCUUUAUCAGAGAGAGGUUCCGUUCGGAUGGCUGUGAUGCUGUACCAGCUUGGCCAGAGGUGUGUGAUGGAGCUGGUACUGCUGACCGUCCUGUCCUGGGUCUCCGUGUGGGCGGAGGAGAAGAUCAUAUUUGACAGACACGCUGUUUACUGGAACAGCUCCAACCCCAAGUUCUGGCACGGCGAGUACAGAGUGGCAGUGAACAUCAACGACUAUCUAGACAUCUACUGUCCUUACUACGAGGGUCCUCCAUCCCACGGGCGAAUGGAGCGCUACAUCCUUUUCAUGGUCAACCACGAAGGCUACACUUCCUGCCAGCACAGGAUGCGCGGCUUCAAACGCUGGGAGUGCAACCGCCCCAGUGGAACCGACGGGCCCCUGCGCUUCUCAGAGAAGUUCCAGCUCUUCACGCCCUUCUCGCUGGGCUUCGAGUUCAGGCCCGGACACGAGUACUACUACAUCUCGUCUCCUCACCCAAACCAUGUGGGCCGGGCAUGUCUAAAGCUGAAGGUGUAUGUCAGACCUCCAGAUGGGUCGGGAUACGAUUCUCCGGAGCCGUUCCUGACUGACGGAGGUCCGGGCUCCGGUGCAGGCUGGGCGGUUCUGUUAGCGGCUCUGGCCCCGCUCGUCCUGGGACCCGUCUUCAGGCUGUGACUACCCCACCCCCGUCUCCCUCCUCUUCCCGGAGCGCCCAUCCUGGGAUGAUGGGCUGGGCUGGCUGUCCCUCUAAAUCCACCACCCCUCAGGGAAGCCCUUUGUCCUCCACUCUCCUUCUUCUUCCCACCUCCACCUGCAGUAUGACCACCAACCACCCUCCACUGCCAGCCCUCUUUUAUGGCGCCCAGCCACAGACACCCUUUCCUGGAUUACCUGCAAUGUUGUUGGGGUUUUUUUUAAGCAGUCUGGGAAGCUACCCUUCCUUCUCUUAUCCCUGAAUCCUCGGUGGAACAGCACCUUUUAGCUGAAAACACAAGAGAAAUGUCUCAGCACUCAUAUCAGGGGGUCCUUUUUUGACUUUUGACUCUUGCCCACUGAUGGGGUUAGAUGUAGCCAUGGCUAUGAUUAAACUUGUCAUUCCAGUGCAGUCCCUAUCUUCCGAUCACGGCGGGGGGUUUGGGAAGUGAGAGGGGCAUCGUACGAUAGGCCUGAAUGCACAAAAAUUGGUUUUUCGCUGCUUCCUCGAUCUAUGAAUUGGAAGUGGCCAAGCUCGCAUUGAAAUUUGAAUUCAAUAGGACGUAGACCAUCUCCAAAGUGCAAUGAGGAUAAGAGUAAUUACGACGAGAGCAGGAGAAAAGUGACCUGGACUUUGCUGUGAUGUGAAAAGAAAAGUGUGAAAGAAUAUAGCUGACAAAAAAAAAAUAAGGCAGAGUGGGAAAUGUAACUUACUGCAGUGCCCAGGAAACUUAUUUAUACACCUUGAGCUUUUUACAAUUUUGUAAUCUCCAACCUCAAGUUUUAAUGUAUUUUCCUGACAUUUUAUAUGAUAGAGCAAUGCAACAUAGCACAUAACUGUGACGUAGAAGUAAAAACAUAUGGUUUUUGUUUUUUUAUAAAUAAAAAUAUGAACAUGUGGCAGGCGUUUAUGUUCUCUCUCCUGUAUUCCAUCUUUCUCUUCAAGUCUUCUGGGGUUGUAGCUCUGCCAGCUUUGCACAUCUCUACAACAGCUUGCCUCAUUCUUAACUGUAAAAUACCUGCAGUUCAAUUAGCUUGGAUGAAGAGUCUGCAAACUUGAAAUUUCAAGUCCUGACACAGAUUCUUAAUUGCAUUUAGGUCUAGACUUUGACUGGGCCAUUCUAACAUGUGAAAACUUUGAUCUAAGCUCCACCAUUGCACUCUCAAAUGCUCUGCAGCUUUUUCUUGCAUGUUAGCAUAGUUGGACACUCAUCUCUUGAUAGAUUUGGUUUCUUUCCAUAAUCGGAUGAUGGACUGAAAGAGCUCUGUGAGAAGAGAACUGAAUUCUUAUCGGCGCCGCACUCUUCACAUUUUUAUGAGCAAAAACAGUUGGAACAAUUAUACUGCUCUGUGUUGCUCUAGCACAUAAAACCCCAGUAAGACACAGCGAAUUUGAUGUAAUGUGACAAAAUGUGAAAAAGUUCAAGUGGUAUAAACACCUUUGACAAAACACUGCAAGCUGUGUGCGUUCGCUAUGAUUUUCCAGGAGCUCUGACUUUGCAUUUUGGCGACAAGUAUAACCAUAGCCUGUUUUAGCGGGGAGGGGGAUUGGGUGGGAUGUCAUGGGUGGGUUUGGUGGGAUGUAGAUUUUCAGGUGGGCUGUGUUUUGUCUUUUAUGUGUUUCUAAACAAAGCAUUUAUCACGGCCUGGCCUGCACAGGCGUAUCCAGCACUAGCUAAUGUUGUCUGGGUCGGGUGACUUUUGGAACCAGGACUUUCUCUUGUAUGAAUGUACCACUGGCCACCCACCUCUUUGUUGUUUUCUUUGUGUUUUUUUGUUUUCUCCGUAUUGUCAUGACUGUGGUCACUUACAGUACCUUCUCUCGGAUUGGCAGGAUUUAUCAAUGGCUCUGAGAUUCGACGAGAAGGCGGGGGUGAAGGGUGGGAGGGCAGGUGAGAAAAGGAGGCGACACUCAAGUUGCAUGACCACUGUGAAACCUUCAGAUCAAACUUGUUUCUAUUGAUAUAUUUUUUCAUGGUGAGAAAAAACAAAAUCAGAAAACAUCCCGCUUCAACUCUUUUGCUCUCCCUGAGACUUUUUCAGACAUCAAAGGCGGGGUGGGUGGGGGUAAUAUUCAGACUCCUUCCUCACAUAGUUUCUCCUGUCUGGGCUCUCAGUCGUUGAUGGAUUAGCUUGGGCUGGAAAGAUAAAUGGACCCGCAGGGCGAAACUGACUGGAAAUCGGCCCCCGAAGCCCAACUCGGAUCACGACGGACGUAAACAAGGACUGAAGCUGAUCCCGGGUCCGGGGGGUUAAACCAAUAAGGGAAGCACAUAGACUGUGGCAAAUCAGGCGAGGUGUGUGAGCGAGCUGUGUGUGAGGUAGCAUCACAAAAACACACAUAUGCACACCCCGACGACAUACACACACACACACACAAACACUUAAAGCGACAGUGAAAGCCCGCACGGACAAGAGCGAGCAGUCAAAGAAAGAGUGUGUUUGAUGGGACUCAAGUAUAAAGAGUAAGCACUGUGAACACGCGCACGCACACACACCCAUGUAACAAUCCAUAAACAGAUAACCACACUUGCCAGCAUACAUGCAAAAAAAACAAGAGUGCAGUUGUAGACAUUUACAAAGACAUGCAAACGUGUACAAAACACAAACAAGGGGAAAUGCUUGUUCCCCUAUCCCAUCUUAUUUUUGUAGCAUUUAAAAUCACUGUUAAUUACUCCUUGGUGGAAUGCAGUGAUGGGGUUAUCGCCUCAGAAGGAUUACAACAACAACAACAAAAUGUGUCUUCUCUUCUUCUGUUCCACUGAUGCUGUCCCUCUAUCGUUUCUUCUUUUUCUCCGCCGGUUCGUGAUCCACGGUUGGUAGAGGCUCCAGGUCUGAGCGUCAUGUAUGAGUUUGUCUCCUUUUCUGUUCGUGGUGUUUUUAGGGCGGGCCUUCGCCGCCGGGGUCGUUCAGUUGGGACGGUGGCGUACGCAGAGGUCGGCUCGGGGAGAGAAACACACAAAUAAAGAUUGUCUUUUGUCUACUCGAAAA